CAGGCGCGGCCCUUCCCGGCGGGCUCAGCGCCGGCUCAUGGCGGCGGCGGCGCCGGGACGGUUUUAAAUUGAAAAGAAAAUGUCACUCUACGAUGACUUGGGGGUUGAGACCAGCGAUUCCAAAACAGAAGGCUGGUCCAAGAAUUUCAAACUGCUGCAGUCUCAGCUGCAGGUGAAGAAAGCAGCUCUCACACAAGCAAAGAGUCAGAGAACAAAACAAACCACAGUCCUUGCUCCAGUGAUUGACCUGAAACGAGGCAGCUCCUCUGAUGAGAGGCAGAUCGUGGACACUCCCCCUCACGUGGCAGCUGGGCUGAAGGAUCCUGUCCCCAGUGGUUUUUCUGCAGGAGAUGUGUUGAUUCCCCUGGCAGAUGAGUAUGAUCCCAUGUUCCCAAAUGACUACGAGAAGGUGGUGAAACGUCAGAGGGAGGAGCGGCAGCGGCAGCGGGAGCUGGAGAGGCAGAAGGAGAUUGAGGAGAGAGAAAAAAGGCGUAAGGACAGACAUGAAGCCAGUGGCUUUUCAAGACGACCAGACCCAGAUUCUGAUGAAGAUGAAGAUUAUGAGAGGGAGAGACGGAAAAGAAGUAUGGGAGGAGCUGCCAUUGCACCACCCACUUCUCUUGUGGAGAAGGACAAAGAACCUGUAGCAUCAUUCCCAUAUGAGGAGGAGUCAAGACCUCGGGCACCUUCUUCCAAAGCAGCAAUUCCUCCCCCAGUGUAUGAUGAGCCAGAGAGACCUCGUUCCCCCACAGGACCCAGCAACUCCUUCCUUGCCAACAUGGGGGGGACAGUUGCUCACAAAAUCAUGCAGAAAUAUGGUUUCAGAGAGGGCCAGGGACUGGGCAAACAUGAACAGGGGCUCAGCACAGCACUGUCAGUAGAGAAAACAAGCAAGAGGGGUGGCAAGAUCAUUGUUGGUGAAUCUACAGAGAAAGAAACGGGCAAGAAGGCAGAUUCCAACCCCUUAACUGAGAUCCUGAAAUGCCCAACCAAAGUGGUCUUACUGAGGAACAUGGUUGGUGCUGGGGAGGUGGAUGAAGACCUUGAAGUUGAAACUAAGGAGGAAUGUGAGAAAUAUGGCAAGGUUGGGAAAUGUGUCAUCUUUGAGAUCCCUGGUGCCCCUGAUGAUGAAGCUGUAAGAAUAUUUUUAGAGUUUGAACGGGUUGAAUCUGCCAUCAAAGCUGUUGUUGAUCUAAAUGGAAGAUACUUUGGAGGCAGAGUGGUGAAGGCUUGUUUCUACAACCUGGACAAGUUCAGAGUGCUGGAUCUGGCAGAACAAGUUUGAUUUUAAAAAUCUAGCUCGAGGUGUCAUUGUUUUGGCAAUCAGGUUUUCAGCAGUAGGCUGGGAAUAAAGAAGAGAAAAGCAGCUUUCCUGGCAGACUGGAAACAAGCCUCAUUGAAUGGAUUUUACACAUUCGUUGUCACUUAUGGUUUUUUGUAAUAUAAAGCCCUUUGAAAGUAAGAUUCACGUCUGUGUGGUUUUGAAUUGCACAUUUCUGCUUUCUGCUCUGGGGAUCCUGGUUUUUUUUUUGAGCUUUCAGAUGACUUUGCUCUGUUGAAAACCCACUGCUGAGGAGAUGCUUUGUAUUCCUGCUUUCUUUGUUCUGGUGCUUCAUCAUGGAGUCCCUGUGCUGGAUCCACAAUAAGUAUGAAGCUUUGGACAAGGACUGUGUGCUGUGAUCUUCUCUUCCCUGAUGGUCUCUCCUAGAGUUAGAGCCUUGCUCUCCUGAGUCCUCAUCUCUGCACACCAGUGAUUUGGGUCAUUGCACAGUUGCAGCUGAUUUGUACUCCUGACUCCAGGACAAAGCUUCUGUGCCAGAAUGGAGACUGAAAUAACAAGGAUUGAGUCUGGCUUCACAGAGCAAAAGAAAAUUUAUCUGUAAUCCAGGGAAAUGGAGAAAGGAGGGAAUUAUUAAGACUCUGAGCAGGAGCUCUCUGCUGGAAUAUCCAGGGAUAACUCAUUGCAGGUCAUUAGUAGGGAGAAGGGAAACUCCUUCCUGUAUCUGGCCAGCUGUCAGAAUCUCAAUCUUUAACUCACACAUAGGCAACUAACUUUGUUUAA